AUGCGUGCCGCCUUCGCCAUCGUCACCGUCCUCGCCGCCACCGCCUCGGCCUUCUUCGACGGUCCCUGCGUCGACACCGAGUGCGGUGCACCCGACAGGGCCGCGCUCAACUGCGAGCAGGAUGGCAUGGUCUGCGUGCCCUUCCCCAAAAUCUCCAUCGAGGAGCGCCUUGGCUGCGCCUGCAGCAUCGCGUAG